GGCCAUGUUGAGAUAGAUGGAUUCCAAAUUGUCCGCUUUUUUCCUCGCAAGGGACAGUUGAUUUUUUGUAGUCGUCUUGCUCAGCUGGUCAUGGGACGGUCAAGAAGUAGAAGCAGAUCAUCGAGUCGGGCUCGACAUCGCAAUAAGCACAAAAAGCGAAAGAGUCGAUCUCGAAGUCGGUCUAGGGAUAGAAGCCAUUCGAGUCGACACAACAGACCUCGAUCGAGAGAUCGCAAAACAAGGAGAAGAUCUGUGACGUCGAGUAGCUCCAGUAGUGAUGAAGAUCUCAUAUUACGUGCCAAGAAGAGAGAGGAAGAGGAGAAGAAAGCGGAGAUGGAGCGACAGAGGCUCCUCCGUCAGAAGGAAAUGGAAGAACGAAUGAUUGAGGAGGAAGUUGCCAAGAGAGUGGAAGAGCUGGUGGCCAAACGUGUCGAGGAGGAACUGGAGCGUCGCAAAGAUGAGAUUGAGGCGGAAGUGAUGCGUCGGGUGGAAGAGGCCAAACGAAUCAUGGAAAAGCAAAUGUUGGAAGAGUUAGAACGGCAGCGGCAGCUUGAGCUGCAAGCCCAGAAAGUCAAGGAGGAAGAGGAGCGGAAAAAACGCGAGGAUUUAGAGAAGAUCAUGAUAGAGAACAACAAGAAAAUAGAGGAAGCACAGCGAAAACUGGCUGAAGAACAAUUGAAACUAGUGGAGGAACAGCGUAAAAUGCUGGAAGAAAAACAAAAACUUGAAGAGGAGGACAGAAAGCGCAAAUCAAGAGAACAGGAAAUUAUUCUCAACAAAAAAAAUGCCCGUCCUCGGGUGUCCUUUUCUCUUGGUGGCAAAUAACUAGAGUGGUCUGCCCCCUAGUGGCUAACUAUGUAAUACCUUCAAGCCAUGACUGUCAAACCUCUUUCAGGUUUUGGACUCUUCCUUUCAGGGAGUGGAAUAUGGCUAUGGCUUAUUUCACUUGUCUGAACUUUUGACAUAGCUGCAUUUGGCUUCACCCAUCACAGACUUUGGACUUGCCCAGUCCCUCAUCUGAUAUGAUAGACUCCUCGAACAAUAGGGGGUGUGGGAAUUCAUCAGCAGCUCAGAAAACACCCCUUCACAGGGUUCAUGCUUGGACUCUUCCAGUGUGUGCAGAAUGAUGAUGCCUGUCUCUCUGUUUGUUGCCUUCUGUGAGAUGAAGUUUGCAAGUUUUGAAUGAAUGCGGCUGGGUGGAAAACGUGGAUAGCAGUCUGCGGGGGCACAGGGGAGGGGGAGAGGGAACAGGGAAUUAGGGAACAGAGAAUUAAGGGAAAUGAAAUGAUGAUGGCAAGCCUGAGAUAAAGAGUUCUGAGGGAAUAUGUAGGGUAAGGUAGAAGGUCUGUGAACAUUGGAGAAGUGUCUGACUUACAUCUGUGUUUGAGAGAGUGGGAGGGAGUUGUAGACCAUGGUGUCUGAACUGGUCUUUUCCUCACCAUACUCAGAACAACAGGUGUACAAGGCAGUCUUUUGUUCUUUUGCUUCCUUAUCAUGACGCCAUGGAAAAGUCUGUAUUCUCAAUUUCUGAAAGAUGAUAUUCUUUGCAUUCUGCGAUCAUCUUUUUUGUGUGUGUGUUUGUUAGAUCGAGGUCGUGCUGCAUUUUUUUUAGGUUUACUGUUUUCUUUUGCUUUUGGAGUUUUCUACGAAUCGGUUUCUAACCAUGAAAAUGUGAAGCAGCUCGUUCAACUGCUUACAUCUUCCAUAAUUGUGCAGAAGUUGAAUUACCAGGGUUAUGAAGAUUUGAUUUUUUGUUAAGCUGUCCUCAAAAGUUGUUCAUGAAGCGGAAGUGAAGAUUCACCAGUAACAAAUUUGACCUGGUGCUGGGGUGUUAUGUUGUUCACUAAACCUUUGGUUUGACAGUGUCUUACAUCGUGGCGUUAAUAGAAGGCCCCUUCUUGCUGGGGAUGUAUCUAUUUGGCCCGAUGUGCUUCAGAUAUAGUGUUUUUGCACCUGGGAGGGGUUAAAGAUCAGGAUUGAGAGGGGAGCAGGUGAAGAGUAGAGUUUGGUUGGAAAUUGAAAUGAGGGGGUAGGUAACUUGGAUUGCUUUUGGGUAUUUUGGAUUGCUUUUGUGUAUUGAUGGUAUAGCUGGAUUGUUUGCAUGUGUGGAUGGGUAUGUUGGAUUGUUUUUGUGUAUUGAUGGUAUAGCUGGAUUGUUUGCGUAUAUGGAUGGGUAAUUCGGAUUGUAAUUGUGUUUCAAUGGAGGAUGGGUAUGGCUGGAUUGUUCAUCGUAUGGAUGGGUAUUUCGGAUUGUAAUUGUGUUUCAAUGGAGGAUGGAUAUGGCUGGAUUGUUCGUCGUAUGGAUGGGUAUUUUGGAUUGUGCCAGUGUGUGGAUGGGUCAUGUUCAUAUGCUGGCUAUCGCACAGCCUUAGUAGCAUGUUAAUUGACAACACAUGAAAAAUGGUUUAUGGAAAUAUUUUGAAUGUACCGUAGUAUUUCAGCAUUUAUGAGAAGCGGGGGCUGGAGAUAAUUUGGGUUGGUGGAUUAGGCAUGUGGAAGGGGUUAGUGGCCCUGUUUUUCAGUGGGGUGGGGGGUAAGCUGUUGUAAGCGAUCAAGCAUAAAAAUUCUCCUGCAGACUUAACAUAAUGAUAUGAAAUGAUUGAUUUGUAUUGUGUGUAAGUGAUGUGUAAUUUCACAAUGGAGUAACAGGACUGUACUAAAUGAAGCUUCACUUUUACCCCACACAAGUCCUGAUUAUUUAUGUAUAUACUACGACGAUAUUAAAAUCUUACGGACUAAUCUUGUA